CAUCUUCGCCCGUCACAGGAUGUUCCACGUCUCCCUUCCCGCUUCUUUACACUUUUGAUCGCCCUCCCGCUUUUUGUCUUGCCCCCCCUCGGCGGCGCUUGUUGAUGCCGCCUUAUCAGAGAGACCAUGACGACCCCUGAAAACCCGGCUCCCGAUGUUCUGAGGGAGGAGACAGAUGGAUCCGUGGAAGCUCUUAGUGUUGAGAAUUCCAAGGAGAACACACAAGAAUCCUCCACGGGUCUCGAUACCGCAACAACUCGGGCGCCUGAGACCCCCGCACUACCGGCCGCUAUAGAUGGAUCACCAGUCGCUCCUGAAGAAGGGGCGGGAUCAGACGAUACCCCAUCUUCUAUGGGCUCACCAAGUGCAGAGCAGCAACCCUCAAAGUCGGAAUCACUAUCGGAACGGCUGAACGAGCUCUCGGUUGCUGCUGACCAGUCCGAACCGAUACCUCCUCCACCCCCAGAGAAAGAUGAGCUUUACACUACUACAACCUCGAAACGCUCUCUCCCAAUACAAGCCUCUGUCAAAUCCUCCGCCGAUUGGAACGAGAAAGAGUUGCCGAAUGUCCCUGAAGGCGGAGACGAGGGGACGAAUACGGCGGAGCAGAACGGUCCACAUGAUCAGGACGAUGGGUCGCAAUCGGAAAUACAGAGCAUCAUGGAUCAGUUUGCCGAUCCGGUGCACAGUAGUGGGAAAGAGGAUAUUGAGGAUAUUAUGUCCCCGCGACUUGAGUUGGCAGAACAAUUUCUCGUAGGCCCGAGUCACUUCCCACCACGCAAGUCGAGCCUUGAUCCUACCAGAGUCAAAGCUACGGUCUCUCCUGUCGCUACCACCAGUGAUAGAGGACCAGAUACACCGUCUCCCUUGUCCGAGAUGCAGCCUGCAUCAGUCCCGCAGCCACUGCCGAAACACCGCCUGUCAGAGAAGGAGCCUACUCGGACUCGACCUUCGAGACGCUCAUCCACUUCUACCAUCCCCCCGCCACCGGAACCGGAGCCUGACCAGCCCUUUGACUUCCACCGUUUCCUAGAACAAUUGCGCCAUCGGACAGCCGAUCCGGUAGCCAAGUUCUUGCGGUCCUUUCUGACAGAGUUUGGCAAACGGCAGUGGAUGGUCCACGAGCAGGUCAAGAUCAUCAGCGACUUCCUAGCCUUUAUCACAAAUAAGAUGGCUCAGUGUGAGGUCUGGAGGGAGGUCUCGGAUAGUGAAUUCGAUAACGCCAAGGAAGGAAUGGAGAAGCUCGUAAUGAAUAGACUGUACUCCCAGACAUUUUCCCCGGCUAUUCCACCACCACCCACUAUCCCCCGAAGCUCCAGUAAGAGCAAGCGGAAGGAAUUGGAGAGGCUUCACGGUCCUUGGAGACGAGGGCAGCACCAGGAGGAUAUCGAGCGCGACGAUGUGCUCGCCCAAAAGAUCAGAAUCUACAGCUGGGUGAAAGAAGAGCACUUGGAUAUUCCCCCGGUGAGCUCGCAUGGGCGUCGGUUUCUCAGUCUAGCACAGCAGGAGCUUCUCAAGAUCAAUGGGUACCGGGCGCCUCGGGAUAAAGUAAUUUGCAUCCUGAAUUGCUGCAAAGUCAUUUUUGGUCUCCUGAGAAACUCCAAGUCUGCGGAUACGUCCGCGGAUUCUUUUGUUCCCCUUUUGAUCUACACGGUCCUCCACGCAAAUCCAGAGCAUAUGGUCUCUAACAUUCAGUAUAUUCUUCGAUUCCGCAACCAGGACAAGCUGGGCGGGGAAGCGGGCUACUACCUUUCAUCACUGUCUGGGGUGAUUCAAUUUAUUGAGACUCUCGAUCGCACAAGCUUAACGGUCAGUGACGAAGAAUUUGAACGGAACGUCGAGGCGGCUGUAUCUGCGAUUGCAGAACGCAACCGUGAGGCCGAAUCGCGCGAGCAGAAACCUAUUGUACAUUCGCCACGGGCUUCGACCGACGGCUCCCGUUCCACGACGGCGAGAAAGGAAGGAUCCCAGUCUGGAGACGAGGAGAACGCUCCAGUCGCCGGACUGCUGCGCACCAUCCAAAAACCCCUGUCCACUAUUGGCCGUAUGUUCUCCGACGAACCCGAGGCAGGCUCAGACCGAGCCACGCAUCCGGUCCCAACUCCACAGCCCGGGGUGCCGCCGCGUCUGUCUCCCAAUAUGUACCAGCCUCCGCGCAACAGCGGAGAGGAGUCGCGCUCGGAACAGCAGCAGCCGCGGAACACGGCGCAGAAACAACUUACAAAAGUGCUUGACGCGCAAGACGCGGCUGCGCGCCAGGCCAGUGCCGAGGAGGCCGAAGCACGAAGGAUCCAGCGGGCAGAGCACAAGGAUGUCGUCGAAACGUUGUCCAACAUGUUUCCCAAUCUUGAUCGAGACGUCAUUGACGACGUGGUGAAGAUGAAAGAGGGAAGGGUCGGAUUGGCUGUUGAUGCUUGUCUUGCUCUUAGUGCCGAGUAGUAAUGCAAUAAUACCACAGUCCUUGAAUGCGACGUGUGGAUUUUCUUUCCGCUCAUUAUCAGCGGUAUUCAGCAAAUAUAUGUCA